CCAUGGGCCAUGAUCUUAUACGAAGUUUUCAAAUUAAAAGGCAAACAACCCAACGGUCUAGCCAGAGAUUGAAUGGAAUGGAACUGAUCGACAAUGUUCAAUCUGUGGCAGCUAAGCCUUUCUUCUCCAUUUUCGCGGCGCCUACCAUCUGUUUGAUUCCUGAAAGCAAACAUCGACCAGAUUAAGAAAACUCUUUCUUCUUCCUCCAUCUCUCUCUGUGCUCUAUCUUCCCGCUUUCAACUUCUGUUUUUACAAACCUACGCUUCCAUUCGAUGCUUCCGGUUUGUGUGGUAAAUUCCUCUCCGUGUUUUGCCAAAUCCAACCACUCCACGCGAAUCUCAGGUAACCCGGUUGAAGAUCACUCUGAUCCUACCAUUUUCUUCGUGGUAUUUGAACUUGGGCAAAGGAAAAUUUUGUAGGGGAUAAAAAAAAUCCUGUCUCAUUUUCAAAAUGUUUGGUUUUAUGAAAUCACCCGGCAAUAAGGUCUCCAAGCAGAAAUCAGUGGACCCAUCUAACCCUUUUGAUUCUGAUACUGAAUCCGACAACAAGCAAACUCUUAAUCAAGCAAGAAGAACUUCCUCCGAGCCUAUGCUCGUUACUCCGGAUAGAUACAAUAACGAUUUCCGUGAUUCAGGAGGACUAGAAAACCAGAGUGUGCAAGAACUAGAGAAUUAUGCUGUAUACAAGGCCGAGGAGACGACUAGCACUGUUAACAACUGCCUGAGGAUUGCCGAGAACAUCAAAGAGGAUGCAACAAAGACUCUUGACAUGUUGCACCAACAGGGUGAGCAAAUCACGAGAUCACACAUGAUGGUUGCCGAGACGGAUAAGGAUUUGAGUCGGGGAGAGAAGCUUCUAAACAAUCUCGGUGGCAUGUUCUCUAAGCCCUGGAAGCCAAAGAAGACUCGAGAAAUUACAGGGCCGCUUAUCACAUCAGAUAAUUCAAGCAAGAAAAAGAACCAAAAUAAUUCAGAGCAGAGGGAAAAGUUGGGCUUGGCUCCCGAAUCCAAACCAGGUUCUGCCAGUCGGACACCUCCUCCAGAACCAGCAAAUGCCUUGCAGAAAGUGGAGCAAGAGAAAAACAAACAAGAUGAUGCAUUUUCAGAUUUAAGUAAUAUAUUGGGUGAUCUGAAAAGCAUGGCUGUUGACAUGGGAUCUGAAAUUGACAGGCAAAACAAAGCUCUUGAUCACUUUAGUGAUGACGUUGAUGAGCUGAAUGCUAGAGUGAAAGGUGCCAACCAACAUGCACGCCACUUACUUAACAAGUAAAAACAAAAGGAUUUCGUAACCAAAA